AUGCCAGAGGUAUUAGAGUCCCCGGCCUUCAACCGCGAAGCUACUCUGGUGAUCUUCCCCCUCCUGGCUAUCGCGGCCUACAAUGCCCUGGAGCUAUUCUAUUGGAUCUUCUGCUUUUUCAGACACUACCGUGGCUGUUACUUCUGGAGCCUCAUAGCGGCCACAUGGGGGAUCAUCAUCUUUGUUACAGCUGCAGUCCUUCGGUUGUUGGGAACUGGGCCCCCAGCUCUGGCAAAGAUCACCUUUCCCUUAGGGGUUUUCUCCAUGGCCACUGGUGGCAUCAUGGUACUCUACGCCCGACUGCAUCUCGUUACAAUCGACCGAACUCCUCGAUAUGUCCUCGUCUUCAUCGUUGCCACCGCCUGUGUCCUCCAUCUUCCUCUAACUAUCUUAAAACUCAUAAGAGAGUUCACCACAAGACCGGACUUGGAUGCUUUCUGCCGUAUAUACGAGCACGUUGCCAUAACCGGCUCAUGCGCGCGCGAACUGAUCAUAGCAGGCAUCUACCUUUGGGUUGUGCUCCAAAAUCUGAAACCUAUCCUGGAUGCCCAAGGGUGUGCAGGCAACCGAGUGGUGAAAGAACUGAUCGUCGUCAACAUCAUUCUGCUCCUAUCAGAUGUCUCCCUAGUGAUCAUUGAUCACACUCACCUUCAAAAUAUCAAAAUUGGCUACGGCCCUAUGGCAGCCAGUAUUAAGCUAAAGAUGGAAUUCGCCUUUCUCAACGAACUAGUUGAACUAGUUCAGACGACCGAGAUCAUCUCCCCGACACCAGUCAUUGUCCAGGUUCUGCGCAUGCUAAAUCCUACCAUCGCUCUGUCACUGUCACCAGGGCAGUCCCAUCUCCGCCACAUGGGUUAUGUGACCGCCUUCUGUUACAGCAGCCCUGAGCGUAGUAUCACCGAAGCGAGCUCGAGCCGGGGCAGAAUUGAUCACCGCGAGAGGAUGACGGUAUUCUAUCGCGUGUUUCGUCCUUGUUCCUUCAUCGCCCCCUCAACACCCUGA